UAUUGCCAAAUGCACUAUUCCGAUGGUUAUGACCUGUGAACCCGGAAGUACGUUUUGGCAAGGAGAUUCUGGGUUUUCUGGUUGCCGGCAGAGCUCAUCACGCGUCCAAUCUCUCUCCUAAAGCUGCUCCCCUAAAGGGAUUGAUCCUGUAGCGAAGGUGAACUGUAGUAACAUCAUCAUGUUGCAAGUGUGGAAUGCAAUACGGCAUGUCUACAACAAAGGCACGUUGUCUCUGGUGUCAAGAACUAAUGAUUUUCACACCUCAGCUGCCCAGGGUUGUCCCAUCCCCAUCAACGACCUGCACAGAGUCAGUCCUGACAGGUACACACAGAAGGAGAGGGACGAGCGCUGCAAACUUGCUGCCCUGUACAGACUUGUGCACCAGGAGGGGUGGACACAGUACAUAUAUAACCACAUCACUGCUCAAGUUGGUGAGGGCCAUCACUUUCUACUUAACCCCUUUGGUCUUCUCUAUGAAGAGGUCACAGCUUCAAAUCUUCUCAAGGUCAACCUGGAGGGAGAUGUCAUUGACCCUGGCACGACCCUGUUAGGUGUGAAUUUGGCUGGGUACCUGUUACACUCCGCCAUCCACGCUGCACGGCCUGAUGUGAAGUGUGUGGUGCACAUCCACUCACCAUACGCUGCUGCUGUCUCCACAAUGAAGUGUGGCUUGUUACCCAUGAGUCAGGAAGCCCUCCUGUUGGGGGAGAUCUCAUACCAUCCUUACAGUGGCAUUCUAGUGGACCAAACAGAGAGGGAGGCCAUAGCAAAGAAUCUGGGACCAAAAAACAAGGUGAUGAUGUUACAGAACCAUGGAAUGGUUGCCUGUGGGGAGUCCAUAGAAGAGGCAUGGGUGAACACCUAUGGUACCAUCCAUGCCUGUGAAAUCCAGGUGCAGGCCAUGGGUGCUGGCGUGGAUAACCUCCUCGUACUAGAUGGGAAGAGUCUGUGGGAGAGAACAGCUGCUAUAGCUGCAUCUGAGGAUGUCGCUCACCAGGCACGUACACAGGUGAAGUGGGCACCUGGCCAGCUGGAGUUUGAGGCGAUGAUGAGAAAACUGGACCGACAGGGUCACCAGACAGGCUAUCCCUACCAACUACCUGAAGUCUAUGCCACAGCCAGUGAGCAGCAAUCCACGUGAUUUCAAAUCCAUGGUAGCAUGCAUAGGCCAGCGGUUGGUCUCAAAAGUUUAAAUCCUGGAUUUUGCACUUCUGGAAAGGGUUUUUGUUUUUAAGAUGCUGAGCAGUCGUUCAUAGUUAAGUAAACUUAUUGAAAACAGCUAAGGGAACUUAGGCCACAGCAAGUAAAUUUCAUGGAUAACAUCAGCCCGCACAUUCAUUUUUGCAUGAUUUCAGAAAAAAAACAAGAUUUUUUUCUUCUGCAGGGAUGGUCAACAUGACGCUAACGUGCCAAAAUGAGCAAAUAUAUUGUGUUGUAGCCUAAUAAUUGUACUUGUAGAAGUGACACUUGCGAGGUACCCAGGACUGUA